GAGCCACCUAUUGUCACACCUACCUGAGACCAAGCCUUUAAAACUGCUGUUCUCGUUUGCCAAGGCAAUCCAUCGUCCCUACCGGAGAAGCUGUCCUUUUCUCUGCAAGCUGAGAGGAUCCCAAGGAGAUGAAGGCUUAUCUAAUCAUUUUGCUGGCCACAGUCCUGUGGGCAGAGAGAGCUCACUCACUGCAUUGCCACGUGUGCAACACCACAACGGCGAACACCUGCACGAAUCCCGUCAAUUGCUCAACCGCUGAUCGUUACUGCACGACAUUUAUUAGAAAUGGCUCCACUCCUGACUAUGUCCUGGAGAAGAGAUGUUCCCCAUCGUGCCCACUCUCUACAAUGAUUAAAACUCUUGCCACGUCCCAAUCUUCUUUUCUCUGCUGCCAGGAAGAUUUGUGCAAUGGGGUGGGUGACAUAAGAAUUGGCUUCCCGGCAUUGGCAAUGAGCAUCUUUGCUGGCUUUGUUGUCACCUUUGUCAGGACGGGAGUGUGAUGUGCUGGGCAGAGAGGGGGUUUCCUCGCUGAACCCACCCAGGGAGAGACGACACCUCCUCUUUGCAAUGCAUCCCACCGGGUUUAACACUGGGCCUUUUCUAUCAAGUGUCAUCUUGGAUCUCAUCACCAAGGUUCUCUACCACCUUUCCCGCCUCGGUCACUGGGUGGAACUCCACGUCGCUCAGUGGAACCAGAAGGUUUUCUCUCAUGUCCUUGGGGUUGGAGACUUAGGCACUCAGCUGGACUGUGCACAUUUUGAAUCCACUAUUGGUGGCUGGGGCACGUUGACCAAUGCUAUAUAGGGUAGGUUAGAAUCAUAGAAUACCAGGGUUGGAAGGGACCUCAGGAGGUCAUCUAGUCCAACCCCCUGCUAAAGCAGGACCACUCCCCAGACAGAUUUUUGCCCCAGAUCCCUAAAUGGCCCCCUCAAGGAUUGAGCUCACAACCCUGGGUUUAGUAGGCCAAUACUCAAACCACUGAGCUAUCCCUCCCCCUUUAUUUAACCCCCUAUGUCCUGGUGAAUGUGCUGAAGAAAUAAAGCUCGGGACUCACUGAUGUUUAUGCCCCUGAAAAUGUCUGAUUAAAAAAAUGUCCAUUCCUGGUGAUGAGUUUCAUUCUGCUAUAGAGAAAUGACUCAUUAAUAUCCCAGCAGGGCGUGGUGUGUUGUUGAUCAACGGGCACACAUGAUAGAAAACGAGCCACAAUAUACUGGAGAUUGCGCCCAAACCAGAAUGACUCAUCUCCAGCCACCCGCCUUCCCACAUCCUCCUCCAACGUUCAGUGUUUUGGAGAGAUGAGGACCCAAAUCCCAACUGUUACCACAGGAAAAAAGGAGCCCUAUACCUCAGAGGAAGGGAUGGCCUUGUGGUUAAGGCACUGGAUGGGGGAUCUGGGAAAUCAGGGUUCAAAUGUCAGCUCUGGCCAGGAGUGCUGGAAGUGCUCUAAAAGUGGGGGGCAUGGUGCCUGAACUGUGGCCUCGCCCCAAGACCCUGCCCUCAUGCUGCACCUUUUUCCCGGGCCCCCACCCUAGCACCACUUCUUCUCCCCAAAGACCCCGCUCGCUCCUCUCUGUUCCCUUCCCCCUCCCGCCCCAUCGCUCACCCUUAGGGCAGGUAAAAAGUGACGGGGUCAUGCCCCCUACUGUUCCCCCUGCCCACUGGUUCUGGCACCGGCUCCCUCUGUGACCUUGGGCAAGUUGCUUAGGCCCAAAUUUUCAGAGCCACUGACCAACCAAAAUUGUGAACGGGAACUCCAGGGGUUCUUUACCCCUGAAUCCCGAGUGCUGUCUGUCUGCAUUCCCUCAUCUGUAGCAUGGUGAUGAGAGUCUUUAUUCUCCACUGUAAAGCAGAUGAAGAGCCACAAAUGAAAAGCGCCCCAGGGCCGACGUCUGAUCUGAUUUAUACCCUGAUAGCUCCACUGACUCUAGUGGCCUUACUCCAGAUUUCCACUGGUGUGGUCAUCAGAGUCAGGGUCUGACUAUUAUAGGAAUAAUAAUAAAAAUACUUUAAACAAAUACGGACACUAAAUAAACAAGCAAGUCUGAGAGCUACAAGCUCCCCAUGCCAUAAACUAUUUUGCCCUUCCUAUCAGAUCUUUUAGGUGCAGGGACAUCAGCUGUUCACCCUGCCUACAGCCAGUUAGAGUUUAACUCUUGAUCCAUUCAUGAGUCCCCAGAAUGCCCAUAGUUCCCCAGUGUUUUCCAUAUGAUGGUGACUCUUUCUGAAGCUAACACGUUCUUCCAAAACAUGGCGGGAGCCAAGCCGUACAGGCACAAAAUCCCUUAUUUGGAAAUAUCUGAAAUGAAU